CUGUGUCUCUGUUUUCCUAAGUAUGUUUCUGUCACACACUUGCCUUGACAUGGGGCUAUUGACAGACAUCACCAGGCUGUGGAGUGCCUCCACAUAACUCUGUUAGGAGGAUAAAUGAAUGGAUUUAGCAUUGAUUUCAUCUCCCUACAGUCGUUGCAGUUUCCCUGAGAGUCAGGGCCUAGCAGGGUAUAUGGUUCCUAGAAGGAGCCUAAGCAAGAGCUGAUGACUCAGUGAGUGAAGGAGGGCCGCUUGAUUUUCUCUGAGACCAGCCCACCCGUCCAGCAAAAUAGAGUCCCUCAGGGUGACGGUUGAUUUUCUAAAGGUGCCCCUUGGCCUGAAGAAGUCGGUGCUAAAGGAGGUGGCAGUGGGGCCCCCCAAAAGGCCCCAGCCUGUGGCCCUGGAGCGCUACAAGGCGCGGCGUUCAGACGCCAUGGACACCGAGUCCCAGUACUCAGGCUAUUCCUACAAGUCGGGCCACUCCCGCAGCUCCCGCAAGCACAGGGACCGUCGGGACCGACACCGCUCUAAGAGCCGAGACGGGAGCCGUGGGGACAAGUCGGUGACGAUCCAGGCUCCAGGGGAGCCCCUGCUGGACAAUGAGUCCACGAGAGGGGAUGAGCGGGACGACAACUGGGGGGAGACGACCACAGUAGUAACGGGCACCUCGGAGCACAGCAUCUCUCAUGAUGACCUCACGCGCAUCGCCAAGGACAUGGAGGACAGCGUCCCGCUGGACUGUUCCCGGCACCUGGGCGUGGCGGCGGGGGCCACGCUGGCUCUGCUCUCUUUCCUCACGCCGCUGGCUUUCCUGCUGCUGCCCCCACUGCUGUGGCGGGAGGAGCUGGAGCCGUGCGGGACAGCCUGCGAGGGCCUCUUCAUCUCCGUGGCCUUCAAGCUGCUCAUCCUGCUGCUGGGCAGCUGGGCCCUGUUCUUCCGCCGGCCCAAGGCCUCUCUGCCCCGCGUCUUCGUGCUGCGUGCCCUGCUCAUGGUGCUCGUCUUCCUGCUCGUCGUCUCCUAUUGGCUCUUCUACGGCGUGCGCAUCCUGGACGCCCGCGAGCGCAGCUACCAGGGCGUGGUGCAGUUUGCCGUGUCACUGGUAGAUGCCCUGCUCUUCGUGCACUACCUGGCUGUGGUCCUGCUGGAGCUGCGCCAGCUCCAGCCUCAGUUCACACUCAAGGUCGUGCGCUCCACCGACGGGGCCAGCCGCUUCUACAACGUGGGCCAUCUCAGCAUCCAGCGCGUGGCAGUGUGGAUCCUGGAGAAGUAUUACCAUGACUUCCCUGUCUACAACCCUGCCCUCCUCAACCUGCCCAAGUCCGUCCUGGCCAAGAAAGUGUCUGGCUUCAAGGUGUAUUCCCUCGGAGAGGAAAACAGCACCAACAACUCCACGGGCCAGUCCCGGGCUGUGAUUGCAGCAGCGGCCCGGCGGCGGGACAACAGCCACAACGAAUACUACUACGAGGAGGCCGAGCAUGAGCGGAGGGUGCGCAAGAGGAGGGCCAGGCUUGUGGUGGCCGUGGAGGAGGCCUUCACUCACAUUAAGCGGCUGCAGGAAGAGGAGCAGAAAAACCCCAGGGAGGUGAUGGAUCCACGGGAGGCGGCCCAGGCCAUCUUCGCAUCCAUGGCCCGUGCCAUGCAGAAGUACCUUCGCACCACCAAGCAGCAGCCUUACCACACCAUGGAGAGCAUCCUGCAGCACCUUGAGUUCUGCAUCACUCACGACAUGACACCCAAGGCCUUCCUGGAGCGGUACCUGGUGGCUGGACCCACCAUCCAGUACCACAAGGAACGCUGGCUGGCCAAGCAGUGGACACUGGUGAGCGAGGAGCCGGUGACCAACGGGCUCAAGGAUGGCAUUGUUUUCCUCUUGAAACGCCAGGACUUCAGCCUGGUGGUCAGCACCAAGAAGGUCCCAUUCUUCAAACUCUCCGAGGAAUUUGUGGACCCCAAGUCGCACAAGUUUGUCAUGAGGCUGCAGUCUGAGACCUCAGUGUGACUGUGCAACAGCAGGGGGAGUGGGAGAUGCGGGGGGCUCCUGAGGGUGGUGGGGGUGUGGCCCUCAGGCCCUGCCACAUUCCUGCCACCUUCUUCCUCUUGCUCUAGUUUUUUUUUCUACUUGAAUUAACCACCCCCCCACCUGUCUCCUCCCCUCUUCCUUAUUUACCCCCUGUGAACCUGGAGAGGGCAUCCUGCUGUCAACAGUAUCUGGGAAAUUCCCUCUCCUUCCCCCCGCCCACUUUUGUAUCCUUCCAGGCCCUGCAGGAACCAGUGCCUCUCUCCCUCUCCUUUCCCCCGGUGACAGUCUCUUCUGAAAGGGCACAGGGCCCACCUGAGCCCCACUCUCGAACCCAGGUUCUUAUAAGCAGCUCUAUCCAGUGGCCCCCAGAAGGGUUUCUCUGGGGGGCGCCGAUCUGACUCCAGAGAGCCACGGUGCCAAACUCCUGGGCAGCUCUACCUGCGGCCUCCUGGCGGCAGGUGGAUCUGCUCCCCCUGCUCGCUCACCCCAAGCCGGAGUUCUUGGGCAAGGAUCCUCCUGCAUCCUCCCACACAGCCCCAGAGUCCGGGGCCUCCCUGCCAGGGUUAUUUGCUUCCAGCUGUUUGAGCUUCUCUCCCCCAUCCACACAUAUUCAGAGCAAGGGAAGAUCCCAUCCUUUACCCUGAAAUCUCUACCUUCCAUUUCUGAUUUGUGUGGUCAUGGGUGAUCACAGGCAAAGUGAGAUGGAAACCCUCUGUGACCACUUUUCCUGGGCCCUGGGGGACAGUACCUUUCUUCCAAGGGGUCUUUCCUGUGCAGCCGCUGGGGGAAGGUCGGGAGAGAGCCCCAUGAACAUUGCUGGCCCCUACCCUCUGAACUUCCUUCACCUCUGUUCCCACCAUGGUGGGACGGGUCUCCCCCUUCCCAGUGAAGGAUGCCACGUAGACUCCUAUAUAGAAUUAGUGGCUUGCAGACCCUGACCCACCCUGGUGGUCUCAGCCAAAUGUUUUUCUUUCCUUCACCAGCCACCCCCAGUCUUGCUGUCUCUUCUCUCAGCUCCAGAGACCUGUUGCCUCAUCUCUUUUUCGAGGGGGGAGCCAGCAGCUCCUCCUUAUCCCCUGCCUUAAGUCCACUUCUUUGCCUCAGGGGUCUCUUUUCCUUGGCCGGCCAGGGUCCCCCCUGUUCCCUCACUGCCUGGUUUUCUGGGCUCUGGUCUCCCUCUGUAUUGGGGUGAGGAACCAAGAUUGCUGCCUUUGAUGGGUACUUAGCCCCUCACCCCAUUUACCUUCCAUAGUCUUUGCACCCAAUCUGAAUUCUUGAGCAAAAUUUGCUAGCCUUCUAAUACUUACUUUCACUGUAAAUCUGAGCCUUUAAAUCAGAUACCCUUAAAUUAUGUAGUUUUAGCCAAGGGGAAUAGAACUAAGAAGUACUCACAUACCUCCAGCCAGCACCCAUGUUGGGGAGCAUUCUGGUGGCUGGGCUGGAGCAGUCCCCUGGGCCAGUCCUCAGAAUAACUCACAAUGCCCCUUUAUAAGCUCUCUUUCCCCUGGAAAACCCAUUGGUUCUUGCCUUGCAGAGUGCACCCUGGGAUAAGAUCACAGUUGAUCUCUUACCAGGGAGUCUUCUUCUCUGUGUAGUGGCAGCCCUGGGCAUGUUGGAGCCUGGGGAUUGUUUCUCCUGCUGUCCUUUCUGAAAAAGCACAUCUUUCCACACACCACUUACUAGAGAAGGGUUCUUCGGCCAGUGCUUACCUUGUCUGCACUUGGGUGGGUUAUGGGGCUGACCUAGGCAGGGCCUGGAGGUCAGCCUUGGGCCGGGGAUGUGGGUUUGGGGAUAA